AUGGCCGCGGAGAUGGCCUUCGCCGCGGGCGUCGCUCCGCAGGCGGCGGCGCCGGUGGCCGCGCCCCUGCUGCGCGGCGCAGAGCCAGGCGCCGCACGCCCGUCGGCGGCCGCCGCCGGGGCGCCCCUCGCGUGGGCGGCCGCCGCGGCCGCCGUGGGCGGCACCGCGGCCACGGCUGCCGGCCGCGGCCGCACCAGGCGCGCCAGGCGCACGGCGCGUGCCGCGGACUUCAUGAAGGUGGCCGCCCCCAAGCCGUCGCUCAACCCCGAUCAGUUCAGCGACGUGUGCGAGCAGACGGGCGUCACGCUGUCGCGGUACAUGAUCGAGCUGAGCAAGCGCGGCGUGGUGGACGCAGACCUCAAUUCCAUCAUGUCAUCGAUCUCCGAGGGCACCAAGGUCAUCGCCUCCCUGAUCGCGAAGGCGCCCCUGCGCCAGGCCGAUCUGCUCGGGCUCGAGGGAGAAGUGAACGUCCAGGGCGAGGACCAGAAGAAGCUCGACGUCAUCACGAAUGAGGUCCUGAAGAACGCCCUGAGGUACACGGGGAAGCUCGGCACUUUGGCCUCAGAGGAGGAGGACAAUCCUGUCGCGGUUGACGACGACUUGAACGAUGAGUUCAACACCAAGGUCGUCGGAGAGACCGGCUCGUAUGUGUGCGUCUUCGAUCCCCUGGACGGGAGCAGCAACGUGGACGCGGGCAUCCCCGUGGGCACGAUCUUCGGCAUCUUCAAGGAGCCGGAAGGCGGCGAGUGCGACCUCAAUCUCGACGGUGGCGAGGUAUCCGAGGCCGACCAGGCCUGCCUAGCGGCGACGCUGCAGCCCGGCAACAACCUCGUCGCUGCGGGGUACGUUUUCUAUUCUGCCUCCACGGAAUUCGUCGUGACGUUUGGCAACGGUGUCGUGGGCUUCACUCUGGACAGGGACAUUUGCGACUACAAGCUGACCCGCCCAGAGAUCAAGAUCCCGAAGCGUGGCAGCAUCUACUCUCUCAAUCUCGGCCAACGAGGCACAGUGGGAUGA